CAGAAGCGUGAGCCGCUUGGGAAUGGUUUUUCAAGCUAAAAACGUAGAUAUAGAGACAGAGACAGAUAUCGGCAUUGGAGUGGGGGAUAACAGAGAAGUGAGCGAAUGGCCUGCCCUCAGACGGUCGCCCGUUUUACUACCUCCACAGCUAAACGCACGGACAAAUCGACUCUGCGCGAGAGAUACACACACUCUGUGUUCCCGUUUUCGUCAAGGCGUAUAUUCCACAAGCCAAACCGAACAAGAGAGAGGCCCCGAACCAAAUAACUAAGUGAGUGUGAGUGUGAUUGCCGAUAUACCCCGUAGUUUGAAGGUGAGGCGCAGGAGGUGAGGGCUCCAGAGGAGACUGUACUGCUGCUGCUCUAUCACAAUUUGUGAAGUUGGGAGUAAAAAAUAUCCAGGAAAGCAACGUGCGAGGAGCGAUCGUUCAGCCGAGACCGGUGGCAGUCGCGGCGAGUGACACGGUCGAAAUUUUCGUAUAUAAUAUACGAGGUGCUUUAGUUGGUUUCCACGCCGUAUAUAUUUAUAUAUAUAUAUAUAUCUAUCUAUAUACCCAUAUAUGUGCUGAGGGUGCAUGUGUAGAGUCACUGCUGGAUACGAGCAGUGGGGAUAAAGAGGAAGAGGAAGGGAGAGAACGAGAGAGGCACCGUAGCAUUGCGAAGAGGCGGGUAUAAAGGCCCCGUGCAGUGCUGCCCCCUAUUGGCUCAAACCUUGUGUUAACCCCCACCACUGGCCAACCAAGGGGAGAGGGAGGACGAGAUCGUGUUGGAGGGAGCGAGAGAGAGACGGGAGAAACACAGUCAUCGAGGAGUACGUAGAGCCCCAGAGGAGAACGGGGUUUCCAAGAGAGUGUGCCGUGUUAGAGCUCGAUCGCGCGAUUCCCCACCACAGGACGUUUGAAACCUAUGAAAAUUUCGCAAGCACUACUGACGGAGUGUAUUGCGCCCCACGAGUCACAUCGUGAUAUCGCUCGUGGUGCACAGUUUGAAGCCAACAUAACAAUAAAAACCGAGGGAAAAACCGUAAUUUCAAAGGAAAUAUUUGAAAUCACAUUGGACACGGUAUUCAACGGUCUGAACUGUCUUUCUCGUCAUUCGUUUUGACGAAAAUUUGCGGGAUAAAUCGAGUUGAGAGAGUGAAAAACCAGUUGCCGAGGAAACAGUCUCACGUCAAUUGAGGUGGGAUAAAGGAAGCAGUAGUGGAUUCACUAUUUUGUGUGCUUUGAACAGUACAAAAAUCUAAAGUGAAAUAUUUGGACAGGUAUUUCCAAAUAGUUCAGUAGUUGUUGUUUGAAAUUUUGAAGGAUUAAAAAAAUAUCCAGAAGCGCGCCGCGCACAAACCACAGAGCUGUCUUUCCGUGGAUAAUCCUCGUAUGUCCGCGCUCGUUGUGCCGCCGCCGGCUAAACGAAGGGGAUUCAAACCAGACAGAGGGUGAAAUAGAAUAUCUCGCGCCGGGCAGUGUGAGACGCGCGUGCGGAGUGAAGGAGGAGUUGCUAAAAAAGAAACAACUCACUGAGUGAGAAACACAUAUUUGCAUUGAAGAAGGAGAAAUAUAGGUUCAAUCGCUGUGAUAACUCACAGCAGUGGAUACUUUCGAGGGCUGAAGGAAGAAGAAAAAGAGGGACAGAGGCUGGAAGAAAAAAAACCAGUGAGAUAUAAAACGACGUUUUUUCUUCUCAAUACGCCAUCUCACGGACAUAUUAAGCAACAUAGUUUAUCACAAUGGCUUCCGUGAAAGACACGGCGACUUUCUUCACUGAGGGUACGACAAGUCAAUUCGAACACGUAUUAAAAUUGUAUCCACAGGCCCUCAGAUUACAAGCGGAUAGGAAAAAGAAAAAACCCGAGGAGCUCGUCAAAUUGGACGAUUGGUAUCAAAAUGAACUGCCUAAGACGAUCAAGUCACGUGGAAAGGACGCCCAUCUCAUUCACGAGGAGCUUGUGCAGACGAUGAAAUGGAAACAGACACGUGGAAAGUUCUAUCCACAGUUGAAUUACUUGGUUAAAGUAAAUACACCGCGUGCAGUGAUGGCUGAAACUAAAAAGGCAUUCAAAAAAUUACCAAAUUUGGAACAAGCUAUAACAGCACUGUCAAAUCUCAAAGGUGUAGGUACAACAAUGGCAUCGGCAUUGUUGGCUGCAGCAUCACCCGAGAAUGCACCAUUCAUGGCUGAUGAAUGUCUUAUGGCGAUACCCGAGAUCGAAGGAAUUGACUAUACGACCAAGGAGUACCUCAAUUUUGUUCAACACAUUCAGAAUACAGUCGAGAGGCUCAACAAACAGACGACAAAUGGAAAAUCCUGGAGUCCUCACAGAGUCGAGCUGGCUUUGUGGACUCACUACGUUGCCUCAGAACUGAAGCCAGAAUUGUUGGAAGGUAUUCCAGGUACAACAGAAAAUGGUAAUACUCAUGCAUCGAGCAAUGGUGAAGCAACAGAACCAUCGGACGACAGUAAUUCAGAGGUAGCUGUUGUCAAUGGUAAGGAGCCAUCAACAAUAAAUCCGGCCGCUAUCGAUGAGAACAGCACUACAACAUCAUUCACUGAGGAUUCACUUGACAAACCACCAACACCCAUAACAGCCGCUGUACCAAGUGAAGAUACUAAUGAUUCGAUUGCAACUAAUGAGAAUGAGGACUGCAGCAAUACACCAAGACCGACUGACAGUGAGGAUACGGAGGAUUCGCAGGACGCACAGGAGCCACCAGCAAAGAAAACUAAGAAGUGACCCCAGGGCCAUAAUACUAUUAAACAUCCUGUCCAUAGCCUCGUGUCGGCCGCUAAUAUGACACCCAUCACGGCAAGACGCUUCUAAUCUGUGUUUUGUCAAAAUUCACUCGAAGCAACAGAAAAUUAAACCAACUGAGUAAUUUGAAAUUAUUUCGAUAAUUAUCCACUUAACUCCUGCUCUUUAUCAUCACCGAUAUCCCUCAGAGUUGUGGAAAUUACCUAUUAAUAUAGGACUCUGGUAGUAUUUAAUUAUACUCGUUUACACUUUUUUCGUGUCAACAGAAUCGACACUUUGGAUUUUCUGGUGACAAAAAUAACAUGGAUUUUCUUUUUAUGCGUCCUUAGCUCGAGAAUUUAUUUCACUAUGGCUUUUUAUGUUCAUCAGGUGUUUGGUGGAACUAUGUAAUUAUGUAGGUGAUUUUGUAUAUUGAAUUUCAUUUUCACGCAUUUAAAGGACGUCUCUAAAUUUGACUCUGAUCGUAUUGAGAUUUUGAGUAUAAAGUUAUUAGAGAGUUAUUGAGCUAUUUGAUGCAGUCUCCUGAGGGAAACUGAUUAAUUUGAUAAUUGUCAAGACCGUUGAAUUCAUUAUUUCUAUUAAUUCUACAUUUGAAUGUAAAAGAUGAUGAUCGAGUGAGGAAGAGAUUGUAGUGACAAAAAAUAAUCGAAAAUGAAAAAAAUUAUGAUGAAAUUUACUAGAUGAUGAAUGGAAAUAAUAAUAAUAAUAAUGCACCAACCCGUGACCAGGCACGACGGCGUUAAGCUGAUUAUGAUGAUAAAAUAAUAAUAUUAAUGAUUAAUAAUAAUUAUAAUUGUAAUACCGAAAUCAUUACCAUAAUUUAUAUACCUUACACGAUGAAGUAAAAAACCAAUAAAUGAAAGAAAAAAAACUGAAACUACAUGUCGUGAUGCAUGGAGUUAAACCAAAUACCUUGUAAGUAAAUCAUUAGAAAAUGAACGAAAAAAAAAAUUAAUUCCAGGGGAGUAAACAAAUUAGCAAAAAUGUCCAUCAACAAUUUGAUGUGAAAUGAAAAAAACAAAUCCGCACAUCCACACAUACAUAAUACACAUAACCAUUACAGACGAUGUCGAGAUUUUUCUGUACAGGGAUUUAACUAGUAUUUUUGCAUAAUAAUUGAAUGAGAAAACGUAAAAAAUACGAGAGGUAUAAAAAUGAAAAAGAAAAAUAAACAUAACUCACUAGAGAAAAACAACAAAAAAAAAACGGGAGUAAGAAUUGCAGGAAUGUGUUUCAACCGAAUCUACAAGUGACGCAUGAAUAAUUUAUUUUUUGUUCGCGCACAUGACGAGUGACUGAACAAUUAUUAUUCCUUUCUCUCCCUUGAAUAAACUAAAAUUAAAUAAUUAAGGCUUGGCCAUUAACGAUCAUACGACAGUCGUUUCUUUUGGUUAUCAUAAAGAUGAGAACAUCUAAACAUAAACUACAUAGAUUGCGAUUUAGAUGAAGAGAAAUCCAUUUGUAAGGGCAGACUAUUUCGAAUUACGGAAGCUAUUUUCCGCUGCGCACUGUCUAAUGACGUAAAAUAAAACUGGAAAAAAAAAGAAAUCCAUAAUUUUGCAAUAAUUGAGACAAGUCCCGUUGUUUCAAUAUCCACGAGCAAUUAUUCUCACUUCAUUUUAUUAUGCUAUUCACUACGGAAAUGGUGUGAAGCGCAAGUCUACAGUUUUAUUUCAUACAAAAUUUUUCAAAUCAAUUGAAUUCCUCGAAUCGAGAGGAAUUUUAUUAUUAACUCACGAUGAACUCAACAUUCCACAAUGAUUAACAUUUCAAUUGAGAGAAAUAGCCAAACGGGCAUUGGAUACACGCAGCCCUUCCCCACCCCGCCUUGCAGGGGUGUACGCACGCCUCUGAGAGUCGAUAGCAUCGAUCCACGAGGGCUUGAACAAUUAUUACUCCAUUUCUUUUGCUCUUAUCGUCAUAACUUCACUCAGACGGAAGUUAUGAAGGUGGAUGGGAAACGUCGUUUAUUUCCGGUAUUGAUUGGCGCGGAAACGUCGAGAGGCGAGUCUCGUACUCUUCUUCUCCUCCCCCUCAACCCCUGUCAUCUUUCAAAUUCCUCCUCCCACUCCUGUUUCACGAUUACCAGAGCACUGAUUACAAAGACACGCAAUUUGCAACAGCUUCACUCUUUCAUCAUGGUAAUUAACAAAAAGACAUCUCGACAAUUACCGAAAUGGCAUUAUAUCAUUAUUAUCAUUAAUGAAUAUGAAUAUUUCAUAUGCACGAAGUACGAGGAAAAAUAAUGAAAAACCGAGGGUGACUGUGCGAUCGUUUCAGGGCGUGAACGUUUUUACGAACGUUAAUGUAGCGAUUAAGUGAAUAAUUAAAUAUAGAGUAAUAUUUAAAAAAAAAAACAUAAAAAUGUGCGGAGCACUGCCACGGAACGACUUGCCUGACGACAUCCCCCUGGGUUGGAUAUAUGCAUAAAUGAACGUGAUACGUGAUAUAUACACAACUAAAUUCAUGUGCUUGCGGUUAAAUGCAGAGAAACAAAAAUACUGAUGAAGGAAAUGACAAAUGUUUAGAUGUUAAGAUAAAAUCGUUCUAUCGAUUUUUCAACUGAUGGAAUAGAAUGAAUGAGUAUAAAACAAAAAAAAUGAAUAAAUAUAUUAUAUAUAAAUGAAUAAAGAAAAAGACUUCUCAUAUUGUACCUCGUAUUAGGAUCCUGGAACAAUUUAUAUAUAUAUAAAAUGAAUGAUUAAAAAAAAUACAAAACAUUAUCCUAGCGCUGGAUACUAUAAAUUUAGAUAUUUCACUUAUGGCCUUAAAAUGCAGUUACGAGGAAAACGGAAAAUAAGCAAGAUGCAAGAACUACCGAUUCAUUAAAAACACUAGUUUGUGUUAUCUUUUUUUCAUUAGUUAUUUAACGAGUAUUCAUUACUGGUUGUUCGAACGUAAGUAAUAAAAAAAACAAAAAGAUAUUAAUUGUAAAGAGCGUAACGAUGAGAAAAAUUGAUAAUGGGUGUGAGAAAGUUGAAUGAAUGCAUGGGAUUCGUGUGAAUCGAUGAAGAAACAUCUCCGUAAUAGCAUCCGCUCGUAGUGUCGUUUAGUGCGCUGAUUGCGGGCGUGAUAUACCUAUGAAUAUAUACGAUAUACACAAAAAAAUAUAUAUAUAUACUGCAUAAUAAAAGAAUGCAAGGAUAACGACGUUAUUACACUGUUGAACGAAUAAAAACAGCAGAAAUAAGCCAAUCGAAUCGAAUAGAACCCACGCACUUUGCGUUAGAACAACUAAAGCAUGGGGUGUCACGGCGGUUGUCCAUUUGGCGUUAUAAUGAACAAAAAAAAAAUGACUAGAAAAUAAUACUGAUUGUAAUUACUGGAGUGACGUAAUAAUUGUAGCGAAGGAUUAUUUAAAAAAUAAAAACUACACGGUGAAUCUCAAG